AUGGCCAGACCGGGUGUCGGCGGCGUUAGGAGCCGUCGACAGUCAGGCGAAUCAGCGAGCAUAUCGCCACACUCGGUGAGCUACUUCCACGGCAAAAUCACCCGCGAUCAGGCCGAAGCCGCGCUAUUCGCGCACAAGGCGCUUGAAGGUCUCUUUUUACUGCGUGAAAGCGUCCACCAAAACUACGCCAUCUCCAUCUGCCACGCCCCUGAAGCAAAAACAUGUUCUCUCCGCACCUGCUCCACCGCAUCAACUCCAAAGUAUACGGUCAACGAAAUGAAGUCGAAGUUUAGUGUUGUGAGAUUGGACACAGUCGUUCUACCGGUCCUGACAGAGGGUAUUAGUCGUAAGUUUCCUGGUCCAGUGGAACUGGUUAAGCACCACGCCGUUCAAUUAGACGGCUUCCUUACUCUGGCCCGCUUCCCCCUCGAUCGACCCACCGGCGAAAGUCCCAUCGUCCUUCAAGGCGUUCGAUCCGAUGAAUUGGAGGAGAAACUGCGACUCAAAGCCAUGGAAAUGGGUCUAAAAGGUCCAAGCGUCACCGAGGCGCUGGCAGGACCGAUGCGGGACCAUUUACGUUAUCUCGUACUACGUGACCUUCAUUUUUUGCAACCCUGGUACCACGAUUGCAUUCGACGUCGUGAAAGCGAACGUCGUCUCGAGGAGAACGGUGGUGGCAACGGUAGUUUCCUAGUUCGAUAUCGCAAGGAGGAUGGUGCCUACGUUCUAAGUCUGAUGUAUGAGAAGGAGCCGCGCCAUUAUAAAAUUGAGCAACACCUCAACCGACUCUCAAUUGAGGGAGGCCAAUACUUUGAGACUCUCAUUGAGGGGAAACACUUCCAAAAGGAAGCUCUGACAGCUGAUGAGGAACGACUAGCUUCUCUCACAGCUCUUGAGCAGGCUCACCAUGUUUCUCUCACGCUACAGCCACCACUGCUGGAGGUAGUAGUGCUAUGUGAUGGGGAAUUGGCAAGUCGACUCAUUGAAACGACUACCUCGGCGACAACAUCGAACCACAUGAUCGACCAUUACCACUUUCGACAGGACGGUUUGCUCUGUAAACUUCGCAAAGUUGUCGCCGCCCCCGACUUCAUUCGAACGAAACAGGAUGCCGUGAUUGUGCACCCCAAGGUUCAUGUAAAGGGUAAAUCCUCUUUUCUCUACUACCGCAGCCUUGCCACUCGGCGUGUCUAUGAUAACAAGGGGAGUGGGGUUAAAAAAGGGAAUGCUUUCUUCCCUCCCACAAAAAGCGUCCAGAAAGAAGUCUUCAAGUUCUACACCUCCCUAAACAAGUGGAGCACGUGGUUUCUAAAGCGCCUGCCUUGGGUCCUCGCUAUCGCCUGUAUCAAAUCCACUCAAGCCCUUUGUGAAAUCCCACCUCAUAAUUCUUUGAAAAACACGGGUUCGUCGAUAAACAAUUCGAAGGGUGCAAGCCACUCCCUCCCCUCGCUCGCCUCCUGCCCCUUCAACUCGGCGACGUCGGAUAACCUUGGCGGUGGUUCACCUGUGCUUCGUAAAGUCUGUGACGAUGUCAUGCACGCGAGCAAUGAUCUCAUCUCCUUCAACGAUUGGCCCAAUGUCACCAGUCUUCUGGCCAAUCAGGAUCGGGUGUUCCGCACGCUGAAUGCUUACCGAACUGACCGCCGCUGUGGGCGGGCUGGGAAUGGGAACACCGCUGCUAAAAUCGCUACUACCGUACAGACGGCCACUCGCUUUUACCUCGUUUGUACUGCGCAAAUAUUUGCCUGUUGGGUAGCUGAGUGUCCUACAACCGGACUGCUUGGAGUCCUCUUAUCUGCGGAUUUUAUGCCUUUCCACGCAGGAAACCUCAUUCGCCCCAAUGCCAACAGCAACGCCACCAUCAAUAAUAACAACAACAUAGGCGGAGGAAAGUUGCCUCAGAACAACAUAACUGUAAAGCGCAUAUCAGCAGUACCGGUGGCCAAGUUUCUUCGCCCCAACCUACCAUCCUUGCAGUCGGUGAACUUGGGCUAUGGCGAUGGCUUUGUGCAUACUCCCUUCACCCCGGUGAGCACGGAAGCCACACCCACACCUCGGCCGGGAACCGUGACUUCCUCCCCCACCUCCCCCUUCUCUAGAGUUAGGCUAAAGCCGACCUUCACGUCCACCUCAGUUGGGACCACUGUUACCACUGCUACCACCGCGUCAAACACCAUCGCGAAUGAAGUAUCGCAACCACGGCCGUUACAAGCCUCGGUGACGUGUCCCCUCAUACCCGAGGUGCUUCGUGCCACCAACAACAGCAACACUGGCGCCCUCCAGCGGAGUCCCACCACCGCACGCUUCGCUCAGGCCCAGCUACCCUGUAAAUUCGCCCCCAACAACAGUCUGCCACCAGAGUCCCUCAAUUUUCCACCCAUCAUUGAUGCCCUCUGGGAAGAACCCGAUGGCAGUGAAGAUCGUUCUCAGCCGAGCAGUUCGCUGGUAUCGAUCAAUGUCGAGGCACUGCCACCACCACCGCCACACAUUCUGAACCCCUUCAUCCAACGAACCUCGUCACAGACCUCGGUCAAUCUCCAACCCUGUCAUCACGCUCCCGGCGUCUCCACCUUCUGCAACUCUGCCUGCUGCCAGCAGAAGCACCAGCUCCAGCAAAAGCAGCAGCAACAGAAGGCAGAUGAGAUUGUGGUGGAGAAGAUAGAGAAAGAGGAGGUGUCCCCCACGAAGCCCCCGUCUUCCGUACUACCGGCGAUCGAGGAGGCUCAGAAGAUCUAUGAUUCGCUGCCUGACAACACUCUCUUCCUUCAACCAGAUAGUAUCCGCCUUAUGGAUCGGUUGGGUGGCGGCAACUUCGGUCAAGUUGUGAAAGCGAUCUACAAGACGCCUCAAGGCCAGGAGGUCGAGGUUGCUGUAAAAACUCUCCGAGAGUCCCAAAUCGCUUCCACUGGCGAACAAACCAUUCUCUCGGAGGCCGAGACCAUGACCCAGUUGAAGCACAGACACAUUGUUCGGCUAAUUGGCGUAUGCAAGGCUCAGCACUUCAUGCUAGUCCUCGAAUUAGCGCCUUUGGGACCUAUAAACAAGUACCUGAAGAAACAUCCAGAUACGCCCGUUUGGGUGCUGUCAGAGCUGAUGCAUCAAGUGGCACAAGGAAUGGCCUAUCUGGAGGCCUGCAAGCUCGUUCAUCGCGAUUUGGCCGCCCGAAAUGUCCUCCUCGUGACCCAACGCUUCGCUAAAGUCAGCGACUUUGGUAUGAGCAAAGCCCUCAACUUCGGUAACGACUACUAUCGGGAAGGUGUCUUGGUGAUUCUACUGGGUUCGGAGUUUCAUCCUGUAUGCAAAACUCUAUUGGAGAACAGGGAAUUUGCUGGCCAUCACGCGGCUAGUGCGGGAAAGUGGCCGCUAAAGUGGUACGCCCCAGAGUGUAUCUACUACUUCCGAUUUGACUCCAAAUCGGACGUCUGGAGCUAUGGCAUCACGCUAUGGGAGGUCUUCUCCUAUGGUGAAAGACCCUACAAGGAUAUGAAGGGUGCACAAAUAUUGGCGAUGCUGGACCAAGGUCUUCGUCUCUCGCGUCCAGUCCGUUGUCCCGAGGCCAUCUAUGCGGUGAUGCAACAAUGCUGGAAUGCCGAGGGUGUGCGACGACCCACAUUUGCCGAACUUGUGCUCACUAUGUCGCGUCUAGCCAAGGGGCCCCUAUUUCCUAACAACUUCUCCGGCUGCCAUGAAAAUGAACGCGGUGCUGGUGUCAGUGGCGAGUCUGUGGGUGCCUUUGCUUUCUUCUGA